GACGUAGAUUGUUGGUAGAUUGUAUCUUGUUUUCAUUUAUCAUGGGAGACCUAAUAGAAAUAACAACAUGGCCCAAGCACCUGAAUGCAUUUUACAAGAUCACAAGUAAUGCCCUGGCUUUUGAAGUGAUGGCUAACGGCAAUGCUGCAAUUGGACUGUCAAGGAAACCAGCUAAUGACUGUGAAUUUUGGAUUGUUAUGGGAGAAAGGCAGCAAUGCUGGAUUAAGAAGCACGACAACCCUCGUAGAGAGGCAGCAAACACUCCCGGAAUCCUCAGCAGUGAGGAGUACCGCAAGUUCUGGUUGACUUGGGCCAAUGGCUAUGUGCGCCUCGGUAGAGAUGGCUACUCUGAUGCCAUUGUCACAUGUGCCAAUGACAUUAAUGAUAUUAAAUAUGUCACAUUUUCGGUUGUGGAGCAGAGGAACCCUGUCCACUGGCGGUUUGAAAUACCACCACAAGCAGAGAAACUAAAUCACCGACCAAUAACAGGAUGUGAUCUUCAGUGGGUGGCAUACGAGCCGGAGCAGGAGCUCCCGGCAGAGCCUCUGGUGGGGGGCUUUGAAGGUGAAAGGCUGUACAUUGCUCGGGCAAAACACCGGGGCUCCCUGACGCCCGGGAAGUUCGUGUUUUCUGCGGGAAAAGCGUACGUGUCGUGGGGAGGACAAGCUAAUGAGAAACAGGAAUUUGAGGUCCUGUGCGGUUUUGAUGGAGUCUGGAAACCAGCUGUAGAGGAUAAAAUACCUGUGGGAGCUUUUGUCGCAGGCCAUUCCGAAGACGCGCUAGAAAGACUCUACAUUGGCAGGGUAGAACAUGAGGGACACCUCAUCCCUGGGAAAGUCCAACCGUCCCAUCGAGUAUGUUACUUCCCUUACCAAGGCAGAGAAGUGGGCUCCAAGAAAUAUGAAGUUCUAGUCGUCCCAACUGAGAACGAAAGAUGUGUUAAUAAAGUUUUCGUAACAGACAGAUGUUGGCAACCUGAUAUGGAAGAUUAUGAUGUGGCAGAUUCAGAUAUAUCUAAUGAUACCGAUGAAGAGCCAUUGAGGUUCGGUUGUGGGACUCGCUACCUCUGAACAAGAGGCAUGCGCCGGCUGUUCCGUCGGAGGCGUCGACGCCGACGACGCGCUCUACAAGAGUGAAUACAUGCUUAAGUGGGCCCUGAGUCU